UAAUGUUUACUGGAGGGGUUUCUCCAUUUCACUGCGUGCGCAUGUGACAUCACAGAUGGGACUGGCUCGCCCUGGCUGGGGUGGAGAGUCUUUCAUACAGGCAACAGAGGCAGAAGAUGGAGCAGAGAGUGAGACGUACAGGGAAUAGUUUCUUAUCCAGGAUCCACUGAAGGCGAACCACGCCCCACGGGCAGGGGACAAAAACUGCCCAAACUCCUGGAAUGGAAGGCGGGAUGGACCGUGAAGAGGAGUCCUAGUCGGGUACAGUCUGUGAAGAUGAAGUUCGGGAAGAGCAUCUGUGUGCUGAAUGUAGGAGGAACCCGUUACGCCUUCACCCGUGAGGUGAUCAGGGAUUUCCCUCUCCGGCGCGUCAGCCGCUUACAUGCUUGCGCAUCCGAGAAAGAGGUGCUGGAACUGUGCGACGACUACGACCGGGACCGGAAUGAGUUUUUCUUCGACCGCCACGCGCAGGCUUUUGUGUUCAUCAUGUUGUACGUGCGCUCCGGGAAACUACGGUUCGUUCCCGGAGUGUGCGAGCUGUCCUUCUACACCGAGAUGCUCUACUGGGGGCUGGAGAGCGCGCACCUGGACUCCUGUUGCCAGAAGCGCCUGGACGACAGGAUGUCCGACAUCGGACUGGACACUCUGUCUGAGGUGGGGGACAUCAUUCUGUCAGGGGAUGAGCCCCAGAGCCCGGACGAAACGGUGCCACGCACUGCGCUCACGGGCCGCGCAAAAUGGCUCGAGAAGGUGCGCAAAACAUUUGAGGAGCCAAACUCUUCCCUCGCAGCGCAGAUUUUGGCUUCAGUGUCCGUGAUUUUUGUGAUAAUUUCCAUGAUAAUGUUGUGCGCAAGCACACUUCCGGAUUGGGAUACAGCUAAGAGGACGACUGUGGAGGAGCACAGGAUUGUGGAGGCCGUGUGCAUCGGCUGGUUCACAGCAGAGUGCAUAGUGCGCUUUCUGGUGGCCAGAGACAAGUGGGACUUCAUCCGCCAUCCACUAAACAUCAUUGAUGUGAUUGCUAUUACCCCCUACUAUGUCACCAUGGCAAUGGCCCGUGCAGGGAUGCCUGGGGCCGGGCUCGGGGUCGCUGGAGUGAUACUGCGAGUUCUGAGGAUGAUGAGAGUGUUCUGGCUCAUGAAGCUGGCCAGACACUUCCUGGGCCUGCAGACACUGGGGCUGACGCUCAGGCGCUGCUACCGGGAGAUGGUCAUGCUCAUGGUGUUUGUCUGCGUUGCCAUGGCGAUCUACAGCGCUCUGGCCCAGCUUCUGGAGCAUGGCUUGGACAUAGAUUCACCAAACAGCGAUUAUGCCAGCAUCCCAGCCGCCGCCUGGUGGGUCAUCAUCUCCAUGACUACAGUCGGUUACGGGGACGUGUACCCCGUGACGAUUGGGGGACGUGUGCUCGGGGGGAUGUGCGUCGUGAGUGGGAUCGUUCUUCUGGCGCUACCCAUCACGUUCAUCUACCACAGUUUUGUUCAGUGCUACCAUGAACUCAAACUCCGCUCUGCCAGAUAUGCACGCAACCUUUCUGCAGAGAUGCUACAGUGAAGACGCACUGAAUCUGAAACACAACAAACCACAUGCUGCUCCCAUUGUAAAAUUAAAAACAUAUAGCAUUCCUUAAAGGAAUGCUUAUCACCCGCCACCUUUCAUGCAACAUACAGUUAAUCAUUAUUUUCUGCAAAUUAAAAAAAAAAAAAAUCCAUCCAUUAGGUCAUAAUAUAUUUUGCUAACAAGUAGAACUAUGCCAAAGUUUUAAACACGUGCCACUUAUUUUUUAGCCCAUAUUCUGUUAAAC